CUAAACAUUUGAGCAUCAUGGCGGCGCCUAUAGAGAGACUGCUAAGUGAAAUCUGUGAAUCAGAGGAGCCGAUCGAAGAGCUGAAGAACCUCCGGACCGCCGUGUUUGCGACGCCCGUGAGCGGCUUGAGGGAGGCGGUGUCUGGAGCCCGACUGGAGAUCAUAUUCGGGCUUUUAAACACGAAUGACAAAGAGCAGAUUGAGGUGUGUGUGGAAAUCCUGAAUCGUGUUCUGCAGGCAUUAGAACCCAUCCAGCUGGCUCAGAACUACAAGCCAGCGCUUCAGAGUGGACUGAACCAUCCUGAUGACUCUGUCAAAGUGCUCACCCUCGCACAGAUUGGGCGUGUGGUUGGUCAUGCUGAUGGAGUGACUCAGAUUCUGAACAGUGCAGAAAUCUUGUGUGAUGUGAUUCAUUGCAUCAGCGUUGAACGUAUUGCUGUGGCCAAAGAGGCAAUAGCUGCCCUGGGUAAACUCAGUCACACAAAGGCGGGGCUUGACGCUCUGUUCCGCUCUGAUUUGCUGAACAAACUCAAGGAUGUGAUGACCACCAGUGACAUUAUCAGAUACAGAGUGUACGAGCUGAUUGUAGAGGUGUCUACAGCGUCUCCAGUUUCUCUGGGUUAUUGCGCCAAUAGCAGUUUAAUCUCACAGCUGCUCGAAGAACUGACCGGAGAUGAUGUGUUAGUCAGAGCGACCGCCAUAGAGAUGGUCACCAAUCUGGCUCAGAGUCAACAUGGCCGUCAGUAUCUGUCACAGCAAGGGAUCAUGGAGAAAAUCUCAAACAUGAUAAUCGCUGCAGAGUCUGAUCCUUUCUCAAGCCUUUACCUGCCAGGACUGGUGAAGUUCUUUGGGAGUCUUGCGAUCAUGGACAGCCCUCAGCAGGUGUGUGAGAAGUACCCAAUAUUUCUUGAGAUGGUCUUCACUAUGGCAUUGAACCUUGACCCCACGUUGGCCCCUGUCGCCCUGGAUACGCUCGGAAUACUGGGUGGGACCGUGGAGGGUAAACAGGUCCUGCAUAAAACGGGUGAGAAGUUUACUUCCGUGUUAAAAAGAAUCAGUACAGUCGCCUCUGAUGGAGCCACUGAACUCAGAGUCAGAUGUUUGGACGCACUGGCUCAACUUCUCACAUUACCUGUGGAACAGCAGACGGAUGACCUCUUACUGUUGACAGAGUCGUGGUUUAACUGUCUGAGCUCUCAGCCAAUGGCGAUGAUCCAGAAUAUAAGCACACAACCUUUCCCUGAGCUCCACUGCAGCGCACUACGAAUCUUUACUGCCAUUGGUUGUCAGCCGUGGGGUCAGCAGCUGAUGAUGGACACUCCUGGAUUUGUGGAAUGGGUGAUGGAUCGGUCAGUGGGGACUGGUAAAGAAGCCAAGGAUUGUAAAUAUGAGCUGGUGGGGGUGCUGUUAAGCUCUUCCAGCACGCAGAGGAUCUUUGGAGGAGAAAAUUACUUAAAGCUGAAGACCUACCUGAAAGAGGGACCCUAUAACGUCACCGCUGUGUCUUCAGUCACCACAGAGGGAGCUGACUAAGAUGCACACACACACACACACACACAUUUAUGCAUACAGUACAAACACAUACAUGUUCUAUAUGUUUUUUUUUCUAUACAAAUACUUCAGUUAAAAAAUGUUCCAAAGUCUUUUUCAACUAGAUCAAAUGUGACCAAAUGCUCUUCAAAUAGCUACUCUCACACUCUCACACAAACCAUUUAUACUCCCAGAUGUUGAUGCACUAAAUUAAAGUUGGUUCUGUUUCUAUCUCUUGUGCCAUUAAAGGGUAAAUCUGA